CUGGCUGCGGUGAGUGUCGGCGCCCUCCGUGGGGCGGGCUUGGGGACCCUUCCCAGGGCGAGGGUCUCUGCGGGUUCCCACUCCCCGCGUGCCCGAGGUUCCUCUUCUGCAGAUUGUUGGGGUCACUGAGGAGAGUGAGUGCGCCUGGGAGCCCAGGGCCCACCACACCCAGUCCUCUGUGCCCAGAGUUAACCGCAGACCCUCCUCUUGGCAGCAUCCAGAGAGAAAAAUACCCACCUUCCCGGAAUAUGGCAGGUAAGAAAGUGCUCAUCGUCUAUGCGCACCAAGAGCCCAGGUCUUUCAACGGGUCCUUGAAGGACGUGGCGGUGGCUGAACUGAGCCGGCAGGGCUGCACCGUCACCGUUUCUGAUCUCUAUGCCAUGGACUUUGAGCCGAGGGCCACGAGGAAAGAUAUCGCCGGCGCCCUCUCCAGCCCCGAGUUAUUCAGCUACAGCGUGGAAGCGUACGAGGCCUGCAAGAAGAGGUCUCUGACCAGCGACAUAAUGGCGGAACAGAAGAAGGUUCAGGAGGCCGACCUAGUGAUGUUUCAGUUCCCGCUGUACUGGUUCAGCGUGCCAGCCAUCCUGAAGGGCUGGAUGGACAGGGUGCUGUGCCAGGGCUUUGCCUUCGACAUCCCGGGAUUCUACGACGACGGCCUCCUCAAGGGUAAACUGGCCAUCCUGUCCUUAACCACGGGCGGCACGGCCGACAUGUACCAGAAAACUGGAGCCAGCGGAGACUUCCGAUACUUCCUGUGGCCCCUCCAGCACGGCACGCUGCACUUCUGUGGAUUUAAAGUCCUUGCCCCUCACAUCAGUUUUGCUCCUGAAUUUGCAUCAGAAGAAGAAAGAAGGGGGAUGGUGGCCUCCUGGGCGCAGAGGCUGAAGACCAUCUGGAAGGAGGAGCCCAUCCCCUGCUCGCCCCCCUGGUACUUCGGGCAGUGAGCUCGGGGCCACGCUGGGAGGCGCCGGCGCGUGUCAGAAAGGACGGCCCGACGGAG